AUGUCUGCACUGUUUUAUUCCUCACUGCUCGUGUCCAGUGCUCACAGUGUCAGAUGUUUGGGUUGGAUCAAACCCUACCAGACUUGGAAACAACGCUGCACACGUUUGCUGCAGCAAUGUCGGUCUCUUCAUGUGGACAACCCCCCUCAACAACCAUCAAUCUCAACAAGCUAUGUCCAUGGUACCUCCUCUGUUUCUUUGUUGCCCCUUACUGUGGGACAGAGCCUGGAUGCUACAGUCCAACGCUGUCCUGACCGUGAAGCUGUGGUCUUUCUGCAAGAUGGCAUCCGCAAAACCUUUGCAGAGUUUCAGCAGGAUGUUGACAAAGCAGCUGCAGGUUUGCUUGCUCUUGGCUUGAAGCGAGGUGAUCGACUGGGAGUUUGGAGCCCAAACAUCUAUGAAUGGAUCCUUUUUCAGUUUGCUUCAGCCAAGGCUGGAAUUAUACUGGUGUCACUGAACCCAGCCUAUCAAGUGGAAGAAGUGAUCUUUACUCUACAAAAGGUUCAGUGUAAAGCUGUGUUGUGUCCCACCAGCUUUAAAACUCAAAACUUUUGUGAGAUGCUGAGAGAGAUCUGCCCAGGAAUCGACACCAUGCCAAUUGGCAUGAUCAAAAGCUCCAGGGUGCCAGAUUUGCGGAUGAUAAUUGUGACUGACAGCAGGCAGCCAGGGAUGCUUCAUGUGGAGGAUGUGAUGCAAGCAGGGGAGAGUCCACACUUCAAACAGCUGAUGGAGCUUCAGAGCAGGCUGGCUUUUGAUGACGCCAUCAACAUUCAGUUCACAUCUGGUACAACUGGGAAACCAAAGGGAGCCACUCUUUCGCACCACAACAUUGUGAAUAAUGCAUACUUCCUGGGUCUGCGGAUGGGUUAUGGAUGGAGGUCUCAGGUGCGAGUGUGUGUUCCUGUACCCCUGCACCACUGUUUCGGCUCUGUGGUUGCAGCAAUGAGUAUGGCGGUUCAUGGAAUCACAUUAGUUUUUCCAUCUUCUGGCUACAACAGCCAUGCCAAUAUACAAGCUAUCCAGACUGAAAGGUGCAAUUUUGUCUAUGGCACUCCUACCAUGUUCACUGACUUGCUGAGCCAAGAUAUACACAAAUAUGACUUGUCAUCACUUGAAGCAGGUCUCAUGGGGGGUUCUCCUUGUCCUCCUGAGGUUUUGAGGAAGCUAAGAACAGAAAUGAACAUGAAAGAGAUAACUGUUGCUUAUGGAGCCACUGAGAAUAGCCCUGUUUCAUUUCUGGGAUUCCCACAAGACAAUGAGGAGCUAAAGCUGAAUACAGUCGGGUGUGUCAUGGCUCACACUGAGGCCAAGGUGGUGGACCCUGUUACAGAGGAGAUUGUGCCUUUAGGAGCUACUGGGGAGCUAAUGAUCAGAGGCAGCAGUGUGAUGCAUGGAUACUGGGACAAUCCUGAGAAAACCAGAGAGGUGAUCUCUGACAGUCGCUGGUACAGAACUGGUGACACAGCAAGCCUGAACAGUCUGGGAUACUGCCGCAUUGAGGGACGUAUAAAGGACAUGAUCAUUCGUGGAGGGGAAAACAUUUACCCUGCUGAGAUUGAGCAGUUUCUCCACAAGCAUCCAAAUGUUCUGGAAGCUCAAGUGGUUGGAGUUAAAGAUGCGAGGCUUGGGGAGCAGGUGUGUGCCUGCCUCAGGCUCAAGCAGGGGCAAACCUCCAGUGCAGAGGAGAUAAGAAGCUUCUGCAAAGGAAAAAUUUCCCAUUUCAAGAUUCCACACUAUGUGAUGUUUGUUGACAGCUACCCACUGACUUCCUCAGGAAAGAUCAAGAAGAAUCAGUUAAAGGAGGAAAUGGAGAAGAAAUUAGGUCUUUAA